AUGCCUGAAAUUCCGGAUUGCCUCGCUCGUCGCUACCGGGCUUUAGACGAGCUUAUCAAAGACUUGACAAUGAAUAAAAGCGGGUCCAAUAUAAACUGUUGUUCUGAUGACCCCGGAGUUAAAAUGAUGUGUAAUUUCUGGAAUAUCUUAAAAGAGAAUCCAGAUUGUGAUCUAAAGGAAGCCGUUGAAGAGCGCUUGGGUAUAACUUCAACAAGUACGGGGAUCUUUCCGCAGCGUUGCCGUGAAGUUACUUGUUAUAUGGCGGGGUGUUGUAAGCGCGACGGAGAGGGUAAAGAACAACCUAAGCCUGCUAGAGUAACAAGUUGUUGUAAAUCUGGCCAAAACACUGACCCGAAACCGCCAAGUUGCCAACGAUGCAGUACGCCUAGUUCCGGGAGCGAUACUUUACCCCUCAGCAAAGUACUCUGUAACAUAAAGGAAGCCGCAUCAUUUGACAAAAAGUGCCAAGCAAAAGUCAGCGAAUUAUUAUCAACGCAGAAGGAAUUGCAAGAACAAAUAGGUGUUUUGGAACAACGUGAAAAAGAAGGCCUGCAGCUACUAAAGCAAGCCGAUUGCAUGUGGACAUGUAUGGAGGCUUCAUAUAAGAAGAAAGUGGCCGAAUCUCUGGAGAGGCAGACAGCUCUUCUGAAACAGAUGAAGGAAAUCGAAGGCAGUGUUCAGAAAUGGCGUAAAAAUAAAAAGGAAUUGGAAUUUCAAAUGGGUAACGUAGAAAAGUGUCAACAAGAAAUAAGAGAGAAAACUACAGAAAAAAACAGCGAUAUUAAUUGCAUUAAUUUGGAAAUAGCUGAUUUUACUAAAAGAAUUGAAAAUAAUAAGGGCGAUGUCGAGGCGACGAACAAAUCGUUUUCCUCGAAAAGGAGUGCUUCUUGUGCAAAACAAGGUAACAUAGCAAAUGAAGUAUCGAGACUGGAAAAAUUAGUAAACGAGGAAAAACGUCGAAAAAAAGCCAAAGAAACCGAAGGAAGCAAAUAUAUCAAAGACGCAAGGGAAGAUUUGCAAAGACUGUGCAAAGUUUUAUUGCAAAAGAAACUCGAAAAUGAAGAUAUGAGUGCCGAGAAAGAAGCAUUACAGUUAGAAAUCGAAAUGUUAGUUCAAACAUGUGAUCAGUGCAAAGACAAAUGCAGGAACAAACAGCAAAACAUAGAAGAUGAGAUUCUAGCUAUAGACAAAGAGAUAGCUAAUUUCAAAGUCCGAUGUAUAAGAUGUCACGAAUGUACUGAUACUAUGGAUAUGAGGAAGUUUUGCACCGACUGCCCGAGAUGUGCCGAAGAGAGAGAUUGUUUGCUCGAAGGUGAUCAUUGCGUACCAGAUCAUACUAUGGACUGUGUGUGUAUGACGGUCAAACAAAAGUUUUUGGAUAAUGUCUUCGAGAAUAUGUAUACAGUCCUGGAACGGCAAACUAAGACUGGACCAGGGAAGGCAGUGGCCGAAGCGGUGAUGAAUUGUCUAAAGAAAAGUCCUGUUAAGACUAGAUGUGAGAUGGAUUCAGAGACAUACAAUCAACUUAUGCUUUGUUUGAAACAAAUCAAAGUUACCAAACCCGCUAAAGCAGACAAAGGGACACCUACUAAGAAGGACCCAUGCCGUCGUUGGCCGAAUUCCAGCGAAUGUAAUUGCCCCAACGGACCAAAGGAGUGCAUCUGUUCAAGGAGAGCUCCGCCCGCUGCCAGAGACCCGCCAUGUCCGCCAGACCCCGAUGAUGCGGAUGCGGGUGAAGAAAUAGCUUGCCCACAUAGAGACAACGCCCCUUGUGGGCCGGAUUGCGGUGCGCAUACGCCGAGUCGCGUUGCUGCAGAAGUAGCGGCCUGGAAACCGAACCCUUGUCAAGGUCCCUCAUGCCAAUUGAAGAAUAUGAGAGCUGCUCAAUGCGUCCUCGGGCCUGAAGCGUUGUGUUCGAAGGCAAAUUUGCGUAACAAAUCAUCCGCACCCAUUGUACCAAGUAUCCAUAGUUUAGGGAAGUCCUGUCAAUGCAGCCACAUAUCACGAAAGGCAUGCGCUUGUCACAAAGAUACAAAACAACUAAAACGCAAAAAUAGAUGCGAUAAAGAAAUUAGUACGGUACUACAAUUUCCAUUUAGUGACAAAAAGGUAGUGUUUAGUGAUGAGGACUUGAUGUAUGAAAUUGAACAUAUUGUAUCAACCAAAGCAUUGGCUAGGAACAAAUCAGAGUCUACUUCUAGUUUUUUAACACAAAAACGUAGUGUAAUUAUAAUAGACAACAACAAGAAAACCGAAAAUACCCUAAAUAUUGACAAGGAAAAACAAAGAAACAAAAAGGAAAGUUCUGUUAAUACUUCAAAUAAUAAAAAACAUAGUACAAAUGAUAAAGACAUGAAGGUUUUAAGUGAAGAACGGAAUUUGAAUGUUGUGAUUCACGAUUCAGAUAAUGAACUUAAAUGUGUUGCGCCAAAAUUGACUAAAACACCUUCCGGAAAUCUGACAAUGGCUUUAGAGGAAAAUAUAAUUCAACUGAUUGACUCAAAAGUUAAAGAAAAUGUCGAUCUAUACAUUAAUCUAAGGGAGGAUGAUUCGGGAUCUUAUUCUAUCGAUUUCAGCUGUAGUGAUCUCGACAAAAACGCCAAAAAAUUACUGGUCAAAAGAACUCCCUCGGGUAACUUACUCUUGGAUAUCAAGGAUAAAAAGAAAAACUCACAAUCACUAAAAAAUAAAAAAGCAAUUAGACCAAAUAAGUUGUCUAAAAGGGCGUUUAAAUCGAAAAAAAUACAAAAGCUACCACCGAAAGAAAUCGUUGAUAGUUUUACAGGAACUUCUGCAUUGUCUAACAAAUGUUCUGGUGAAUUUAAAUCACACUUAUGCAAGGCAACCCUAAAGGGAUUAAAGAGAGUUAUAAAUGAACCUAUUAUUUUACGCCGUACAGGUUCAGGCAAUUAUGACAUAAUUAUUGAUAAAGAAUUCGAAAAUUGGUACAAAGACGCUGUUAAAUGUCACGAAGGCGAGGAAGAGGCAACUUGUGUCAAAGUUUUAGAAAAAAGUUGUGGUAAUUGUAUUAUCAGUUUUAUUGACGAAGAGGAUUCUGCAUAUAAAAACGCAUGCAUAUCCAAAGAUAAUAGUGGGAAUUUUAAACUUAUAAUUAAUUGUAAUGUCAAAGAAAAUUUGUUGCAAAAGCAGAGUUCUAUUAUAUCAUCAAAAAUUUUCGAAAAAAUACUCAAUCGUGAAUCAGUUGAUUCUGAGAAAAAGAAAAGUAGCGCAAUAAAAAAAAGAUUUAUGCAAUAUAAAUCUUGCAGUGAUUCUAAUAUCUACAAUGAUUUAAGGAACAAUCUCUUUUCACAAUUUUCUUCGGGGACAUCAGCUAAAUUGACCAAAACUAAUUCAGGUCAGUAUACGGUUGUCUUAGAUAAAGAAUCAAGAAAUGCCCUCCUAACAAACUUACGAAAAUAUUUCUGUGGAGCUACAAAAGGUUCCAUACCAAUAAAUAGGGAUGAUAAUGGUGAAAUUUCUAUAGCAUUAAACAACAGAUUAAAUCAAGCAGAGUACGCUUCAUUGACAAUUUCACCAUCAGGAAGUAUUUAUGUAAUGGUAAAAGAUAAUAAAAAAGAUCAAAUUGAUAUUUCAACAAAAUUAAGUUCACACUGUGACAUAAGAUGGGAUCAAUUUAUUGAUGAUGUUAAAAAUCCAUCUGUAAAGGGCAUUUCAACACACUGCAAUAAUCGAGAUGACGGAAAUUGCGACAUGAACAAAUGUGUCUGUAAAAAUUUGUGUUUUAAAUCAAAGCGAUGGGUUGUUGACGCAGAUUCCACAAGCACCGAAUGUGGUGUCGUAUGGAAACGUGAUUCUAACCGUUAUUCACCAUUGGAUUUAAAAGAUAAUCAGUGCAAUGGAACUAUUAUAAAUCGUCAUAUCGUUAUAAAACCUCGUCAUGAAGAAAAACCGAGAAAUGAUGUCUAUGAACACUAUAAUUGUUACUUAAAUAACGUUUGUCCUUACCAUGCAUCGAGAUAUGAGAGAUUGUCAAAUGAACUUUUAGAGAUAUCUGGAAUGUGUCCUACCGGACAGUUCGAGAAACACCCGAGUGUAACUGAAAAUAUAGUAAAAGAACAGCUGACUAUUUUAAAUACGAUCCAAAAACCAAAUGAUUUAUACAUAUCCAAAGAAACCAAGCAAUACAAUUGGGACUCUAUAGACUAUCUUCCUCAUCAAUUGCCUACAUUUCUUAACGCUUUUACUCGCACUUCAUAA